UUCGCUUCAUUGCUCCCUUCGCUUUCUUCAUACGUAGUAUCGCUAACUAGUCUGUGCUUCCUUCUUACAGCUGGCUUUGCUGCUCUGCCUGCUUCCUUUUACGAUACUUAAGCGGUGAAAGAUAUAAUAUCAAUUUAAAAUGGGGUUUAUAUUUGGACUCCUAAAGAAGUUACUUAAGCUUGGUGUUUAUUUCCUAAUUUUUGCUACUCUCAUAGUCGUAAUACCAAAUCUCCCACCGUAUACAUCAUUCACAAAAAUCACUUUAGAGCCAGGGCAGCCACGCACAGGACCGUUAGCCCCUAACGGAGCACUUGAUAAUGCAGAAAAAUUAUAUAUUGACAAAGUAUUAGGUCCAGAAGCAUAUCAGAUGUAUAAAGGAGAAAUUUACACCAGUCUUGCUACUGGUGAAAUAGUAAAAUUGACACCAGGAGGACAUGUUACAUUUGUCACUAAAAUUGGACAACCAUGUACUGGUAUCAAACAAGAACAUAUUUGUGGACGACCCCUGGGUUUUGUGUUUGAUGAGAAAAAAGAUCAGAUGUAUGUGGCAGAUGCAUAUCAUGGGAUUUGGAAAAUUGACCUAAAAACAGACAAGAAACAACUUCUUGUAUCACCUAAUGUAGAAAUUAAAGGACGCACUCCUAGACUAUUUAAUUUUGUUGCAUUAGAUAGUCUUGGCAAUUUAUACUGGACAGAUUCUACUAGUGAUUUUCAGUUGAAGGAUGGAGCAAUGUCAAUGUUUUCUGAUCCUAGUGGACGAGUAUUCCAAUAUAAUGCAGCUACCAACUCAAGUAUAAUUCUAAUGGAUAACCUUUGGUUUCCUAAUGGAGUAGCAGUGUCUCCAGACAAUACAUUUUUGGUGGUAGCGGAAACAUUUGCGAAAAGACUUCACAAAUAUUAUAUUAAUGGCCCGAAAAAAGGAAAAUCUGAAGUGUUUGUUUCUGGAUUGCCAGGUACUCCAGACAACGUGCGUGCGCUGCCUGACGGCUCAGGCGUGUUGGUGGGACUCCCGAUCGUUAACGAUGAGAACAGUCCCGACCUCAUCCACUCCUUGGCUGGAGCCCCUUACGCUAGAAAGUUCAUUGCACGGAUUCAACGGCUUGUCGAAAUUCCGUUUGAAUUCCUCAACCAGUAUUAUCCGCAUUACGUCUUUGAGGAUAUUGUGUAUAAAAUUGGUCAUUUUAACAGUUUGUCGGAUCUAGUCUCGCACCCAUCUGGUUUAUUGCAAAUCGAUUGGAAUGGAAAUAUUGUAGCUUCAUAUUUCAACAGCGACGGUAGUAUAGAAUUUGUAAGUGAUGGCAUUGUCGUUGGUGAUAAGCUUUAUCUGGGAAGACCUCAUAGUCAAAAUUUCAUUGGAGCCGUACCAGCUCCUCCACUGUUGAAAAAAGCCUUCUCUGGGAAAUCCGCUUCUUCAGCAAAAGUCGAAGCUAGUAAACCGACACCACAACCUCCAAAACCAACACAUCCGCCUACAACACCGCCGCUCCCCAAGACAACUACAACACCCCCCAAGACAACUACAACACCCCCCAAGACAACUACAUCACCCCCCAAGACAACUACAUCACCCCCCAAGACAACUACAUCACCCCCCAAGACAACUACAACACCCCCCAAGACAACUACACCACCUCCCAAGACAACUGCACCACCUCCCAAGACAACUGCACCACCUCCCAAGACAACUACACCACCCGCUCAACAAACAAAACCCACUGCAGAACCACCCAAGUCACAGGAAAGAAAGGAUGUCCCUAAGCAGACGCAAGAACUUCCGAAAGUACAGCCGGCGCCAGCACAAAAAACAAAAUCUGCCGAUACAGCUAAAACUGCCCCGAAACCAAAUGAAAAUCAGGCGCCGAAACCCAUACCAACACUGAAAUCUGGAAGUGACGCCUCAGCUCAAAAAGCUACGAAGGAAAAAGUUAAACAAUCCCAACAAAACAUUCCAAAGUCUGAUGAAAAGUCACCACCACAACAAAUUCCCAUUAAAGAAGACAUACCUUCGGACACGAUCAAACCAAAUAAGGAAACAUUGAGAGUCAUUAAGAGGGAGGGACCGACUGAAAUUCCAAACCCUAAUUUAUAAGAAGCCCGUAAGAAAUGGUUGUGUGGUAGAGAGACAUUAAAGUCAACAAUAUCAUAACAAUAAAAUUUGAAGGUUGUUUAGACAGGUAUUAAUUAUUAUAAUGUUUUACAAGUAAGGAAUUUUAUGUUUUUUAACGAUUCCUAGUACUUGCAAAAGUACAUUUUUAAACUCCUGAUUAGCUAAGUACUUGACAAAGUACCUUUAAGAAUUUACAAAUUUAAUUUUUAAAUUACAACAAGUUGAUUCUUAUUGAAUCGAACAAACUGAAUUAUUAUGUAAUGUGUCUAAAUUAUUAAAAUCACAUGUCAUUUAGUAUAAUCAUGGAAGAAAGAUCAUGACAUUAAUUUUACUAGUGAUUUUUUUAUAUUUUACAUGAUAGUGAAUCACUGUUUAGUGAUCUUGUUAUUAGUUUUAGCUGGUAACAAUUGUUAUAUAACAGUCUUUAUUGGUAUUAUUGUGAUUGUAGUAAUCAAAACAUUCCUUGUUUUGUGAUUUUGGCCGGAAGUAGAUAGCGGCUACUAAAUUAUUUUAAAUUUUAGAUGGUGACAAUGGAAACUUUUUACUCACUACAAUUAGUGUAAUUAAAUUGGAUAUUGUUCAAAAUACAUUCCAUGAUAAAAAAAUACAGACUAAUGAGGAAGCAAAAGCAGUUACGUAGUAACAUAAUAGUGUAACUUAUUUAAAAGAAUUUAGUAUUUAUUUAACUAAUAUUGUGAUCUCUACAAUGUUCUUAUCACGUAAAACUGCUAUAGUAACAGUUACCUAUUAGAGUGCAAUGUCUAGACAAUUACUAUUUACAUUUAGAAAUCCAUGUCUUAAUGUUUGUGGUCCACGAUUACUUCAAUUAAUUUUAUUAUAAUUUGCUCUGUCGUUUAUAUUCGUAGCAUAACCACAUGUGGGUAGGUGUCUUAGAUUAAAUCAAAAAGGGAAGACACGGUACUCUCUUACUAACGUCAAAUAAAAAAUGUUCCGACAACUCCAAUAACAACUCUCUCUCUCACACACACACACACAUACCUAUAAAUAAACAUUCAAUCGAGCGAGCAAGACAGAACGAUACGCUUCAAUGCAGCACGAGCGAAUCGGCGAGUUCGCGUCACUUGUCAACCGGGUGCAGAUUCUCUUUGAACAAGAGAAGGGCGCGGCUCAAGUUGUAUUGUUGUCCUUUUCUGGCUAACAAAUAUAAGCGAAAAUAGCAUUCACAACAAACGUGAUUUUUGAGAAAAUACGUUUUUAAUAUAUUACAAAUGAUAAGUGAUACCGUGGCAUUUGUUAUUUGUUCUUGAACUAUUUGUGCAAUUUUUAAAAGCAUCGAAGACAUUAUUUUAUCUUUGAAACACCUAAUAUCCGCAAUAUUGUUUUAUGAGUACGCGCAUACGGCGUGUUUAUUUGCAAUGCUAUUCGUAUUUGGUGUUUGUAAACAUGAUAACAGUCUGUCUUUUUUUUGUUUUAUAAUGAAUCAAAAAUACAGAUUUAUGUCAAGUUUGCAAAUAGCAAACAUUGAAUUGCCGGCAUCAUAUUGUGACUAAAGCGAAUUGUAUCCAUGCACCUAAACUUAAGCGGAACACUUUUGAGACACGAGUGCCGUAUCUUCCCUUUUUCAUUCAAUGUAAGGAGUAUGUUUAGCAAGAAACCCAAUAUUUUAUAACUUAUUUGAAAAUUUUGCUUGGUGGUGGAAUAUUAAUUAAUUGGGCCUUUUUUAAAUUUACGAAUUGUAUAAGUUCCGUAAAAUAUAAAUUGUUUUGAUUUGUGUGAGGUAAAAAUGUAUACGCCCUCGUGCGUACGUACUUACGUCCUCUGGUAAAAAUCUCAAUAGACAGUAUUUUGUGUUACGGAAAGUGUAAAAUUUUAUUCUUAUUAUUCUGUCGCUUGUUUAAAUCUGUGCAAUGAUUAAAAGUAAAUUUUAAAGUCAUUUAUGUUAUGUUAUAAAAGUUUUGAUUUUGAAACUGAGCAAUAUAUUUUAUAUACAUAUAUAUAUAUAAGCAAUAAACAC